AUGACGUGUAAAAAUGCUCUAUUCUGCAAACCAUCAGACAUGAAAGACAAGAAUUUCCAAAUGAGCAUUAAGGAUAAAUGUGAUAGGAAACAGAGAAGAAUAGAUGGUAAACAAACAUGGUGUUAUGUUUUGAAAGAAGAAAUGAAAGGAUUAUAUAAACAGGUUGAACCAAACGAUAAUGAGGAUUCAUUUACUGACGAUGAAAUACCUGUAAAUGAAGCUUUAUAA